AAUAGACUAAUUGAAGCCGAGGUCCAAAUGUAGGGUUUUUAUUUCUCUCUCUCCACUUGCUGUCUCUCUCUCUCUAAAGUCGCACCACCCCAAAAGUGGUUAUUCCGCAUUUCUCAUGCUUUUUAAUCGUCCUCCUAUUGAAGGAACCCGCGAAUGGAAAGAGGAGGAUGAGCAAAUUGUUCUUCUGGAUACCUUCUCGAAGCUCGAAUUGGAACCGAAGCUUGGAAGUCUCUGGUGAUCUCUGUUACCAAACCCUAGAUUCUUCCAUGAACAUUGCUGCGUAGAUCUCACCCCGGCGAGAAGGAAACGAGGAAUGGCGGAAUUAGGGCAACAGACGGUCGAAUUCUCGACGCUGGUGCGCCGAGCGGCCGAGGAAUCCUUUCUCUCGCUCAAGGACUUGGUGGAGAAAUCGAAAUCUUCCGAGCAGUCCGACUCCGAAAAGAAGAUCAGCCUCUUGAAGUACAUAGUCAAGACUCGUCAGCGAAUGCUCCGACUCAAUGUUCUAGCCAAGUGGUGCCAACAGGUUCCAUUGGUUCAAUACUGUCAACAGCUUGCUUCUACAUUGUCAAGCCAUGAUACAUGUUUUACCCAAGCUGCAGAUUCCUUAUUUUUCAUGCAUGAGGGACUGCAGCAAGCUCGUGCUCCUAUUUAUGAUGUUCCUUCUGCUAUUGAAGUUCUCCUUACAGGAAAUUAUCAACGUCUACCAAAAUGCGUAGAAGACAUGGGGAUUCAGAGCACAUUAACUGAGGAUCAGCAACAACCAGCUUUAAAGAAGUUAGACACACUUGUACGAUCAAAACUGCUUGAAGUUACACUUCUCAAAGAAGUUUCUGAAAUCAAAGUUACUGAUGGCACUGCACUUCUUCGUGUAAAUGGGGAAUUUAAAGUUCUCCUUACUCUUGGUUAUCGGGGACAUUUAUCACUAUGGAGAAUCUUACAUUUAGAACUGCUUGUGGGGGAGAGAAAUGGGCCUGUGAAGCUUGAAGAAUCACGAAGGCAUGCCCUUGGGGAUGAUCUAGAACGCCGAAUGUCUGUAGCGGAAAACCCAUUUAUGAUUUUGUACUCCAUACUUCAUGAACUUUGUGUUGCACUUAUCAUGGACACUGUUAUAAGGCAAGUACAAGCAAUGCGUCAAGGAAGAUGGAAAGAGGCAAUACGUUUUGAGCUUAUAUCUGAUGGCAGCACAGGACAGGGAGGGAGUGGUGGUUCUAUGCAGAUGACUCAGGAUGGAGAAGCUGAUUCAGCUGGCCUAAAAACACCUGGAGUGAAAAUUGUAUACUGGUUGGAUAUUGACAAAAAUACUGGGGGUUCUGAUUCAGGGUCAUGCCCAUUUAUAAAAAUUGAACCUGUACAGGAUCUGCAGAUAAAGUGUCUCCAUAACACUUUUGUUAUAGACCCACUAACUGGCAAGGAGGCAAAGUUAUCCCUUGAUCAAAGUUGCAUUGAUGUUGAGAAAUUGUUGUUAAGAGCUAUUUGUUGCAAUAGGUAUACCCGUUUGCUUGAAAUCCAUAAGGAGCUGAGCAGAAAUGGUCACAUCUGUCAGGCUGCAGGUGAUGUUGUUCUUCAUUGCUACUCAGAUGAAUCUGAUGCAGACCUUAAAAAGAGAGAGAAUAAAUCCAGUGUUAGGGAAUAUGGGGGCAAUGAAGUUCUACGUGUGAGGGCCUAUGGUUCUUCAUAUAUUACCCUUGGAAUAAACAUUAGAAAUGGUCGUUUUCUUCUCCAAUCAUCUCGAAAUAUUCUCACACCAUCUGCUUUGUCAGAUUGUGAAGAAGCUUUAAACCAGGGAAGUAUGUCUGCCGCGGAAGUGUUUGCAAGCUUAAGAAGCAAAAGUAUUUUACACUUGUUUGAAUCAAUUGGCAGGUUUCUAGGCCUGAAGGUUUAUGAACAAGGUUUGGCUGCGGUAAAGAUACCAAAGACGAUUUUGAAUGGAUCAAGUUUGUUGUUAAUGGGGUUUCCACAGUGUGGGAGCUCUUAUUUUUUGCUGAUGCAACUUGAUAAGGACUUCAAACCACUCUUUAAACUUCUAGAGACCCAGCCAGAUCCAUCUGGGAAAUCUCAUACAGCUAGUGACUCCAGUCAUGUUAUACGCUUUAACAAAAUUGACAUUGGUCAGCUACAAAUACUCGAGGAUGAAUUCAAUUCCAGUCUUCUGGACUGGGAUAGGAUACUUUCUUCUUUGCCAAAUGCAGUGGGCCCCAAUCAAUCUUCUGAACAUGGUCUUCUCUCUGAGUUUGGUUUAGAAACUUCUGUACAGUCAUCUGGAUGCCCUCAUCCAAGUUUUUCAUCUGUGGUUGAUGAGGUGUUUGAGCUUGAGAAAGGGGCAUUGAGUCCUCCUUUUCCUGUAAACAAUCAUCUCUCUUCAUCAUUUAAUGCGUCCCCUUUUCUGGGUUCUCUUCCGAUGAAUCAUCAAGGGAUGAAGUCUGGAAUCUCAUCUCCCAAGUGGGAGGGGGGUUCACAGUUUUCACAGAUUAACAAUGUAACAAAGUCUACUAUUAGUGGUGCCCAUUUUAAUAGUCCUUUAUAUCCAUCAAACAAUUUGAAGGGAAUAGUUCAGUCCAGCUCUGUCAGUUCUCUUUCUUCAAGCCCUGUUAGAAGCCCCUCCAUUCAAAAACUAUCAACUUCAAAAUCUGAUCAUGAUUUGACUUCUCUUAGGUCUCCACAUUCAGUAGAGAUCAGCUCUUCUAGUAUGGAUGAUGAUCAAGUAAAAUUUCUGAAUGAAUCUUCUAAAGAUGUUUCUGGUGGUCGGACAUCGCGGCUCUCUUCUCCAUUACGACCAACAGGAUCUCGAGCUUCUGCACCAAACAUGAAAUCUAAUGGUCUUAGAAACUCACCCACUGGGCAAAUAGGUGUUUCUGUUAGAGCCUCUGGAUCCAACAUGUGGACUGCUACUCCCGUAUCCCAAGCUCCAGAACCUGGGAUUUCUCAGAGUACGAGUUAUGAUAUAAUGCCUAAACAUGAUAGAAAUCCACGAAAACGUACAAUUUCAGAUAUAGUAAAGUUAAUCCCUUCAGUCCAAGGGGUAGAAGCAAGUACAGGUUCUUCUAAGAGAAGGAAGACCUCAGAAUCAUCAGGCAAUCAUCCUCCACAAGUUCUGUACUCAUCAGAUUUUAUCUCUAGAACUGAGGGUUAUACUUAUGGAAAUCUUCUAGCUGAAGCAAAUAAAGGGAACGCACCUUCUAACAUUUAUGUUAUAGCUCUUCUUCAUGUGGUGAGGCACUGCUCACUUUGUAUCAAACAUGCUCGGCUAACUAGCCAGAUGGAUGCUCUUGACAUUCCAUACGUUGAAGAAGUUGGUCUACGAACUCCAUCCUCAAACUUAUGGUUCAGGCUUCCAUUUGCGAGGGAUGAUUCAUGGCAACACAUAUGUCUUCGACUUGGCAGACCUGGAAGCAUGUACUGGGAUGUCAAGAUAAAUGACCGGCACUUCAGAGACCUCUGGGAACUACAGAAGGGAAGUAACACUACACCAUGGGGUUCUGGUGUUCGUAUUGCUAAUACAUCUGAUAUUGAUUCUCAUAUCCGUUAUGAUCCAGAAGGUGUUGUUCUAAGUUAUAGAUCUGUUGAGGCUGAUAGUAUUAAGAAGUUGGUGGCUGAUCUAAGAAGGCUUUCCAAUGCUCGAUCUUUUGCUCUUGGAAUGCGGAAGUUGCUUGGAGUAAGACCAGAGGAUAAACUAGAAGAGAAUUGUGCAAAUGCUGAAAAUAAAGCUCCUGUUGGGGGAAAAGGUUCCGUUGAGGUUGGUGACAAGGUGACAGACCAGAUGAGGAGGGCAUUUAGAAUUGAAGCAGUGGGUCUUAUGAGUUUGUGGUUUAGUUUUGGUCCUGGGGUGGUAGCCCGCUUUGUUGUAGAGUGGGAGUCAGGUAAAGAGGGCUGCACGAUGCAUGUUUCUCCCGAUCAACUUUGGCCUCAUACCAAGUUCCUGGAAGAUUUUAUCAAUGGAGCUGAGGUUUCAUCACUUUUGGAUUGCAUUCGCCUGACUGCAGGACCUUUGCUUUCUCUUGCAGCUGCAACUCGACCUGCACGUGCUGGUCCUGCUUCUGGUGCUCCUGGUGUAACAGCCAAUCUCUCUGCUAUUCCAAAGCAAAACGGUUUUAUGCCAUCGCAAGGACUGUUGCCAGGCGGUUCAUCGUCAAAUGCUACUCAGGCUACAUCUACUACUGUAGGAAAUCCUGUUGCAAGUACUGGCAUGGGUCCUCUUGGGAGUCACAGCUUUCAUAGUGUUGCAACAUUGGCUGUUGCAGGAAGAGGUGGACCUGGAAUUGUUCCUAGCUCACUGCUUCCAAUUGAUGUCUCUGUUGUAUUGCGCGGUCCAUACUGGAUUCGCAUCAUCUAUCGUAAAAACUUUGCAGUUGACAUGCGUUGCUUUGCUGGAGAUCAGGUUUGGUUACAGCCAGCAACACCACCCAAAGGAGGUCCUUCUUUUGGGGGAUCAUUACCAUGCCCUCAGUUUCGACCUUUCAUAAUGGAGCAUGUUGCCCAGGAGUUGAAUGGUCUAGAACCUAAUUUCAGUGGUGGUCAACAGCCAGUUGGACUUGUCAAUUCAAGCAAUCUGAACCCUGGUUCAGGUGCACAACUUUCUGCUGCUGGUGGAAGCCGUGUUAACCUUACAGCUUCUAGUCCGAUUUCUAGAUCGACUCCAAUGGCUGGAAACCAGGUAGCUGGUCUAAGUCGCAUGGGCAAUGCUCUGUUAACUCAAAAUUUAGCAGCUGUUGGCUCAGGAUUACCUUUACGUAGAACACCAGGCACAGGUGUACCUGUGCAUGUAAGGGGAGAACUCAAUACAGCUUUCAUUGGGCUUGGGGAUGAUGGAGGAUAUGGUGGUGGAUGGGUUCCUGUCGUUGCUCUCAAAAAGGUUUUACGGGGAAUUCUCAAAUACCUUGGAGUUCUGUGGCUAUUUGCACAAUUACCUGAUCUUUUGAAAGAGAUUCUUGGGUCAAUUCUUAAGGACAAUGAAGGUGCUCUUUUAAAUUUGGACCAGGAGCAACCAGCCUUACGUUUCUUUGUGGGGGGCUAUGUGUUUGCGGUGAGUGUCCACAGAGUACAACUUCUUCUGCAAGUGUUGAGUGUGAAGCGCUUCCAUCACCAGCAGCAGCAACAACAGCAGCAAAACCAAGCUAAUGCUCAAGAGGAAUUGACACAGGCUGAAAUAUCAGAAAUAUGUGACUACUUCAGCCGUCGUGUUGCAUCAGAGCCUUAUGAUGCAUCACGGGUUGCAUCCUUCAUCACUCUUCUCACGUUGCCCAUUUCAGUUCUGCGUGAGUUCUUGAAAGUAAUUGCUUGGAAAAAAGGAUUAUCACAGGCACAGGGUGGGGACAUCGCCCCUGCACAAAAGCCUCGUAUUGAGUUAUGUCUCGAGAAUCAUGCGGGAUCAACCAUGGAAGAGAAUCCUAAGCAUUCUUCAACUUCAAAAAGCAAUAUCCAUUAUGAUCGGCCUCACAACUCUGUUGAUUUUGGACUUACUGUUGUCCUUGAUCCUGUACACAUACCUCACAUAAAUGCUGCUGGUGGGGCUGCUUGGUUGCCCUACUGUGUUUCUGUGAGAUUGAGAUAUUCAUUUGGUGAAAACCCUCAUGUUUCUUUUCUUGGAAUGGAGGGUAGCCAUGGAGGCCGAGCUUGUUGGUUGAGAUUGGAAGACUGGGAGAAGUGUAAGCAGAGGGUAGCCCGAACAGUGGAAUUGAGUGCAACUUCAGCUGGAGAUGUUGCACAGGGGAGGUUGAGAGUGGUUGCAGAUAAUGUGCAAAGAACACUUCAGGGUUGCCUUCAGGGUCUAAGGGAUGGUGGUGGCAUUACCGGAAGUUCUGGUGCAACGUGAUCACCGUUAAAUAUCAUUUCAUUGGUAAUGAAAGAGGGAAAAUGAAGAUGCAUUCUUACGGCAGUGGUAUCUCCAUUUGCUAAUGAAACCUGAUUGAGCUACACGUCUCAACGAGGAGCUUCAGAUGGUUGGUUCAUAGCCAUCAGCCAGCUUGGUUAUACUGGUGGUUGCAUACUUGGCCAUUUCUGUGAUUAGAUUGAGAUACCUUUGCAAAAAAUAUGUGGUGGAGGUUUCUACAGCAGUAAAUAAUGAGGGGGCAGUUGAAUAGGCAUUAGCCCAUGAUGAAUGGAUUUUAAUUUCCAGUGGGCAUUGGGCAGUGUUUCUGGCUCCUGUUUAUCUAACCUAGAGAUCGUCAGAGAAGCGGGGUGUAAGAUAUAUUUAAAGGAAAGGUUCAUCUUUUUUGUAAAAUUGGUCCAAGUUGGAAGCGUUUCAUGACAUGUACAGCAGCUUACACACUCACUUAUUGGGCAUUAAAACUAAUAUUGUAAAAAAGGAAAUUAGUUUUACGAUAGUUUACCUGCUGGCUACAAACUUAAUGAUGUUAAUCUUCUUUCUUAACCCUUGUAUCGUAUGAAGAUGAGGCUCUCACUCUCAGGCUUUCAAUCCUUGCAAUUAACUAGUAGUUGGAUGUUAGCAGCAGAAUUUCAAGUAAAAAAAAUACAAAGGAAUUCUUAUGUU